UUGGUCAGGAGGCCAAGGGGGCGGAACGGGUCUGGCGCGUGCGCAGUGCGGGAAGAGUCCCGUGGCAGUGCCGGCACUUCCGGCCGCCGUGUUCCACUUCCGGGUAGCGCCAUCGCCCCUCGGCCGCCGCCUGCGCUGAACCGCGACCGCAGCGUUGGCCCACAGAGCCGCCACGAUGAGGCUCUACAGCCUAAGUGUCCUUUACAAAGGUGACCCCAAAGUGCAUUUGCUCAAAGCUGCCUAUGAUGUGUCCACCUUCAACUUCUUUCAGAGAUCCAGUGUGCAGGAGUUCAUGGCGUUCACGAGCCAGCUGAUCACGGAGCGCUCGGCGCUGGGCAGCAGGGCCUCGGUCAAGGAGCAAGAGUACCUGUGCCAUGUGUAUGUCCGGAGCGACGGGCUCGCUGGAGUGGUGAUUGCAGACAAUGAAUAUCCACAGCGGGUGUGUUUCACUUUGCUGGACAAGGUGCUGGAUGAGUUCUCCAGGCAGGUCAGUAAGAUGGACUGGCCCUCAGGGUCACCUGCCACCAUCAGCUACUCUGCCUUGGAUGGAUAUCUCAGCAAAUACCAGAACCCCCGGGAUGCUGACCCGAUGACCCGAGUGCAGGCAGAGCUGGACGAGACCAAAAUCAUUCUGCACAACACUAUGGAAUCACUGCUGGAGCGUGGGGAGAAGCUGGAUGACCUGGUCUCCAAAUCGGAGGUGCUGGGGGCACAGUCCAAAGCCUUCUACAAAACGGCCCGAAAGCAGAAUUCCUGCUGUGAAAUCAUGUGAUGUGGAGCCUGGGGUCUCCACCUCUGGACCACCAGCCCUCCACCCCCCUCCACAGCCACCCCAGGGGUGUUCCUGGGGCUGGGCCAGGGAUCCUUAGCCCCCUGGGCUGAUGUGACUGUUGUCCACCUUGAGGGGACACCAAUGCUGCCAUGGGACUGGCACCCUUGUGGGGAGGUCCACACUGAAGACCCUCCACCCUCACUGUUCUGGGACAGCUUGGACCAGGAGGCACCCAGCCACACGCUGCCCUGCCUUCACACCCCCUGGGAAGCCUGGAGGAGCCCCCCACUGCUGUCCAGGGGGCUGAGGGGGCAGGCAGAGCCCCCUGUGCCAUUCCAGGGGCUGGGGGUCUUUUAUGUAUUUGUGUUCUAAGGGUGAGCCA